CAAAGUAUUAACGACGGUUAUUUGAAGCCAUGGUAACAAAUACUCUUCGAUGACAAGUGCAUAAUAAUGGGUUUUAAUAUAAAGAUUACCACACCACGAAAGACAACAUAUUUGUUAACCACAUUAUGGACUCAAAUUUUAUCAGUCAAAUGUCUUGUAUUUGUGUCGGGCCCAAACGAGCUGGGAAAACACACCUGCUAAAAGCAUUGGAGAAUCCGGGCUCCAUUGACGAGACAACGUAUUCAAUGCCAACUAACGGCAUCAACAUUUUCACAAUCAAUCUUCCGACUAAAAACGUAAACACUUCUAAUACAACUCAAGUAACACCUCAAACAGAAUCAACGAUGGAAAAGAACGGCAAGGAUACAACAAUUCCACGAAGAAAAUCACAAAAGGCUCCAUUAAAAUGCAUACGAAUUUUGGAAAUCGGCGGAGCGAUGGCACCGCUUUGGCGCCAAUAUUAUGAGAAUGUGUCUAAAAUCAUAUAUGUGGUGGACACCUCAAAUUUAUGUCAAAUCUCUGCAGCAGGUGUACUGUUGUAUUCAAUAUUGGCCGAACCCCGACUACAACGUUGUCGAGUCCUCUUGGUGCUAGCGAAGAUGGAUUAUGCUUACCGGCAGAUGCGAAAUGAAGCUUUACUAAUGCUACAGAUAUCGAAACUCCAAAAGGAGAUUCGGCAGGAGCUAACUAUAGUUGAAGCUAGUGCAGUUGAUCAAACGGGACUGGAUGCUAUUUACGCUUGGUUGCAGAUUCCUUAAGAUUUCACAAACAUUAUUUUUGCUAUUAAGCUAACAGUUUAGUGACUAUACUACUUUAUUAUAUUAUUUCAUAAAUAAAAGGAAACUACUUUUUUUUGAUUAA